CCUAGAGGUCAUCAAACCUUGGAUUACUCAGCGAGUAACGGAGAUCCUGGGGUUCGAGGAUGAUGUUGUGAUAGAAUUCGUAUUUAACCAGCUGGAAGAAAAGGCCUGAACCAAUAUGGAUGUUAUACCUUGCAUCAGAAGUAUAGCACCAACACCUUAUUAGCUCUCUCCUGAGCCCAAAGUGUCACUGAGCCCAACUCUCCCUGAUGCAGUGUGUGGUUUGAGGUGAGUUAUGGUCAGGGAUCGACAUCAACAUGCUAGUGAUAGAAACACUUGGACAAUGCCAUGCCAUUUUCUCCAUAUUCCGUAGAAAUGCACCACUAAUUUGUAUUUAUAACUCCAUUCUAUUUAUGGAGGGUUAUAACGUUUAGAGGGUACAGCUAAACAUUUUGGCUGUUGAUCCUUAUUUGAGUCGAGACUAAAAUGACAGCUGCAGUAUCUUCUGGGCUGUGGUAAACUUCCUUAAAAUACUAUUGCCAAGCUCAAUAAAUUAUAUACCAAACUCAAUAUAUUUUCAAUAUAUAUAUACUUUUCUCCAUAAAUGAUCAGUUGCAUCAUCCGUUUACUUUAACAUUUUCCCUCCAGUUUGUUACUUUUAAUUGCUCCUCCUUGAAAUUGCACUUUGGGAAAUUCAAUUGCAUGGGGAAAGUUAUACUCAUGCCUUUGACUUAUGUUUCUUUAAAAAAAAUAAAAAAUAAAAAAAAAGAUUUUUUUACUCUUCUGUAUUUGGCUUGUAAAAUGUCUUCAAAGGGACAUUUGAUUUAAUAAACUGGAUGAGGCCUUUUUGUAAAAGGGUAUUGAUAGACGUAUAGUUAAGUCCACUACUUAUGAAUGAAUGUUUGACUCAAAAGUAUCCUAGGAUGAUUUCUAUUCUUACAAAGGAAUGGUUGGAUUCCAGUAAGGUACCUCUUACUAUUUACUUUUGUAAGGGUUUCCAUUUCUCAGGGUUAAUACAUUCAGCUACAUUUUAAUAAAACUUCUGUGCAGUUCUCUUUUGGGUGUUUUUCUCUUCUUUUUUUUUUUUUAAAUUAAUUUAAUUUUUAUUUUAAAACUAAAUGCUUGAAAAGCACAGUAAUGAUAAAAGAUCAGUUUGAUCAUUUAUUAGCGUGAUUUAAAGGGUAUCUUAGCUUUCAUUCUUGACCUAGAUGUUGAAAUAAAAUCCCUUUCAAAUGUUUUGUGCACUCAUUAUUGCUUGUUCGUCUCUUGCAAUUUAGAUAAAUGAUAUAACAAUAAACUCAAGGUGGUUGAGUCUCAAGCAGUAGGGAGGCGGAAGCAAGCCAAGGGAGCGUCUCUUUCUGCAGGAGACUCGGGCGCUCCACUCCCACUGAUUCCGCGGGACACUGAAGACACCGGGACUGUACUUGCAGUGUUGGGUUUCGAUGCACUCAGUUUUGUGGAUAUCUGUUAAUCUCUCAGAGUAGACUGUGGGGAGACAGAGCAAUAUUUGUCUUAAUGAAGAUUAAUGACUGCUGAUGGGUGGGAUAGUUAUUUGACUUAACAUGUAAUGCAUGCCGUGGUAAGUGGUUAACGUUAUCCUUUAUGUGGACGAUGUAAAACUUUUGUCUCCCCUCAGCUAUUCUCACUCAGGUUUGGCCUAACUAAUGGGGUGGAGCUACGGUAUCACAACCUCAGUUCAACAGAACAGUUGGUUAGGUUACAAUUAAUCAGUCUGCUUUGGGGCCCAGGGUUCAUGUACUGUAGCUAUUGACUUUUGUUUUGAGGAUGGCCGCCAUUAUUAAGCAGGCAGGUGAAGGUUAGUGAGGAAACAAAGGGGAGGCAUUUGCCUGAGCGAAAUCUUACCCCCCCCUCCUUUCACAUUCUCCCUCAAUGUUAAAUUGGUGUAUGGUCUUUUUUUCUUCCUUGGUGUGUGUGUUGCAGCAUCCGGACAGUAAGAUGAUGCAGAUCAACCUGACGGGCUUCCUGAAUGGAAAGAAUGCCAGAGAGUUCAUGAAAGACCUGUGGCCUCUGCUGCUCAGCGCCCAGGACAACAUCGCCGGUAUCCCCUCCGCCUUCCUCGAGCAGAAGAAAGAGGAAAUCAAACAGAGACAAAUCGAGCAGGAGAAGCUCGUUUCUCUAAAGAAGAUUGACGACGAGAGAAAGGAAAAGGAAAACAGGGAGAGGGAGAGUCCGAGACGGAGGAAGUCAAGGUCACCAUCUCCACGGCGCCGGUCUCCCGUGAAGAGGGAAAGAAAGCGAAGUCACUCCCGCUCCCCGCGGCGUAAACCCAGUCCCACCAGCACCCCUCCACCACCAGUUCCGGCUGUCACUUUGGUCAGUGUUACCUUACCACAGAGCAGUGAUGAGCCCCAGCCUGAGCCAGACACUUCAGAGAGUGUUAUACCUGAACCAGACAUUCAGGAGGCCUCCUCUACCAGUGACGUGAAUCCGCAAACUGUUGUUGUGGUACCAGAUUCUGUGACGGGAGUCAAGGAACCCUCUCCGGAUACAGCUCCUAAAAAGGAGGAGAGGCCCAAGCCCCGGGAAAGGGAUGGGAGGAGAGACAGGCCCCGUCACCGCUCUCGCUCCCAUUCCCGCUCUCGCAGACGGCCCAGGUCGCGUUCCAGAUCCUACUCCCCACGCCGGAGGCCGAGCCCAAGGAGACGGAUGUCCCCUCGUCGUCGGAGUCCCCCUAGACGUGGCCCCCAAGGCCCCAGACACAGGCGCAGUCGCUCUCCGGUCCGCAGGCGGCGCUCUCGCUCUCCGUCAUCCUCUGGAAGCAGCUCCUCCACAUCCCACUCACCUCAUAAGAAAGCGUUGAAGAGAACAUCGAUCACACCUCCCAAGAAACAGCCCCGCGGCCACGCGGCUGACCCCUCCCUCAGCCCAUCCAGAAGAAGGGCGUCCAGAGGCAGUCCCUCUGGGAAGGCCAGGCGCUCCGUCUCCCCCCGGGCACGAAAGGGCCGGGCCUCCGCCUCUCCACCCAGAUCAGCCGGUUCAAAGAAAAAACCAGCAGCAAGGAAUGACUCACCAUCUCCUGUUCCAAAACCCAGGCAUUCUGAGGCGUCUGAAUCGGAGGGAGCUACGGGAGAUUCUGUGCAACAGCGACGCCAGUAUCGCAGGCAGAAUCGGGAGACGUCUUCAGACAGUGGAUCCUCGUCAUCCUCAGAGGAGGGGGGUUCCAAAAGGCCCAGUGGGGCGCCAGUGGCGAGAAAUGGAGAAGUCAGGAGGAGACGCAGUCACUCCCCCUCUCCCAGAAGACGACACAGAGACGCCUCUCCCAGAAAAAGAUGUUCCCCCUCCCCUGGAGGACGUAGAUCUCCCCCACGCCGUCGCAGAUCUCCUUCUCCUCCCCCCAGACGCAGAUCUCCCACUCCCCCUCCUCGUAGACGCUCCCCUUCCCCCAGGAGGUACUCUCCCCCGAUCCAGCGCCGCUACAGCCCAACUCUGGGCCCACAGAAGAGAAGGCUGUCUGGCUCUCCCCCUCCAAAACGUCUCUCCCCAAUUCCCAAGCGCCGUCCUUCCAGGUCCCCUAAGCGCAGGAGUCCCCCUCCCCAAAAGAGACGCACACCUCCCUCCUCCACCUCUCCACCCAGACAUAGGAGGAGCCCCAUGCUCCCAUCCAACCGGCCAGGCCGGGACACUCGCUCCCCUCCUACUGCUCACUCAACCCGCCUCUCCCCCUCCCCUGCCAACCGUGGCCGAGCCAUGCGGGGAUCGGCUAGUCCACAGGGGCGCUUCGACACCUCCAGCACCUCUCCACCUGGCGGGAGGCGCCAGGCGUCGCCUUCACAUGGCAAUAGGGCAAUCCGCAGGGUGUCCCGGACACCAGAGCCCCGCAAGAACCCGAGAGCCUCUCAGAGCCCCCUGCUUUUGAGAAGAGCGUCGUCAAGGUCACCGUCUGGUUCCCCUAAACUUGGAGCCCUGAAGCGCCCCCUCCCAGCCUCCGGCUCCCCCUCACCAGGCCGCUCGGCCAGUGGCUCUCCCUCUGCCCCCCCAGCUAAGAAGGCCAGCAGUGGCUCUGGCAGCCCGUCUCCCAACAAGAAUUCUGACACUGAGGCUGGAGGCAAGAAAAAGAAGAAGAAGAAGGAGAAGAAACAUAAAAAGGAGAAGAAACACAAGAAGCACAAGAAGCACAAGAAGGAGAAAAGUGGUGUGAGUGCCGGAGACAGCCAGGAUAACCUGGGGUUGGAGGGGGAUGCAGACUCCCACCCAAAAAAGGAAUCAGACAGUGAAGUAGAAGAGUGUCUCGACGACCUGGAAAAGCACCUGAGAGAGAAGGCUCUGCGUUCCAUGAGGAAAGCUGGAAAGCUGUCCCCUCCACUGUCCUGAGAAACCCUGUCACACCCCUCCCUCUUCCUAAUUUCCCAUUCCCUUUGUUUGUGACGUUAACCUGGUUCAGCUUUAGAAUGUACAAAUUGUUUAUUCUUUAGUUUUCUUUUUACGGGUUUGGUAAACUAUUGACAUUUUUUUAAGAGCUUAAAAAAAAAUCUGCAUUUCUUUUCUUUUUUUGUUGACCCAAAAUGUAGUAUUGCUUAUAUUCCUACUAAGAAUAUCCUAUUUGACACCUUCAUGUUAAAGAUCUGAGAGGGGAACAGUUUAAUUAUGAAGCUUGUAUUGUACAAGCUUAUCUCAUUUUACAACAUAAUGUUCAACAGUGGGGAUUGCAUGUGCAGCCAGCGAGCCUCACCCCUGCAUGAAACAGACUAAACUAGCAGAUACACAGAUUCAGUCUGCCACUUUCCUGUUUUUCAGAAAGCAUUGUAUGGUACUGCUAUGCUGUGUGUUCUGUGAAAUGGAGAGCGAGUCUAUUGAAAAAAAUCUAUGUAAUAAAGGUGUUUGACCUUGAAGUCAA